AUGCCUAUAAUCGUUCUCUCCAUAGGUCAAGAUUCUAGAACUCCUGCUGAAGCCGUAAAUUGGUGGUACGCGGAAGUAUCCAAAUACAACUACAAUGCAAACAGUUGUUCUGGAGUAUGUGGCCAUUACACACAGGUUGUCUGGGCAAACUCUGAGUAUCUUGGAUGUGCGAAGCAAAGAUGUAGCAACUUUUACAUUUAUGUCUGCAACUAUGGGCCAGGAGGUAACAUUUCAGGACGGAGGCCAUACAGCCAGGGAAGACGCUGUAGUCGAUGUCCAAGUGGGUACCGGUGUUACAACCGAUUGUGUGUCAAAUAA